CUUGCCUAUGGCUUGUUAGUUGCAUGGGCUUGAGGGUUCUGGACUCCACUAGCAGUGUUUGGGCUGCCAGCCACAGUUGCCAGCUGUACCCCACUUACCUUGGGCACACGCAGCAGGAAAGGGGUCGAUGGGUACAGGAGACAUUUGUGGACAUGAUGUUUUUCCACCAGGCCCUGUCUGUUCCCGUGUUCUGCCUGUGAAAUUUGUACUGUGCUCAUGUGAGCAGUUUCUUGUCAGGAUGGAGGCUUGGAUCCUUCAGAGAUCAAGCAAAGGGCUUGACCUAAAAUGUAGUCUGAGCAGCUGGGGAGGUAUCUCUGUCCAUGAAGGCUGUGCCUGUUUUACAAGUAUGAGGAGGACCCAAAUUUGAUCCCUAGACCCCAAGUCUUAAUCUGGGUUUGAUAGUAUGUUCUUGUAAUCCUAAAGCUGGGAAGACAGAGGUGGGAGGAUCCCUGGGGCUCUCUGACCAGCCAGCCUAGCGUAAUUGACAGUUUUCCUACAAAAUCUGAUCCCUGGCCUCCAUACAUGCUUUCACACACAUGUACACACAUAUAUACACACACACACAUGAACACCUCACAAAUACAUUAAAAAAUUUUAAAGUGUUUUUUGACAUUAAGAAUUACCUGGGUUUUCCUAAAUGAUGGUCAUAUGUGAUAAGUUUCAGUGCUUGAUUCCACAGAGCUUAACUUGCCCUGUUCUUGGGAUGAACCCCAGGUUGCCCAGCCCCUAAAGCCUCUUGACAGAUCCCUAGAUUCUGCACCAGACUCUCUCUGCUGACUCCCAGUCUGGCCCAUGGAACUCAUUGAAUUCUCCCAGUAACAUGGAUGGAGAACUGGGUGCUCAGAGAAGAGUCAGUCUGGUGGGCACUGGGCUCCUUUCACCUUGUCUUCGCCUCUCCCCUGACCUCUGCUCUGCUGCUCCAUCCCAGUCUGAGGAGAUGAAAACCACUGGGCAAAACUGUGUGCAGGGCCCUCAGCACAGCAAGGAGGCCCUGAACAGACUUAACCAAGCCAUCCAGCAGUUGAAGAAGGAAGUGGGGAAUGCUCAGAGCCAGCCCUGUGAACUAGAGAAAGCCAAAGACGGGGAGGCCGGGCCGCAUGUGGCCUCAAGCAGUGCUAAGGGCAAACUGGCCUGGCUGGAGGCCGCCCUGCAGCGGGCCAAGCAGGACAUGGCACGGCAGCUCCGUGAGUACCAGGAGCUCAUGAUCGUCAAGCUGGGCCUGGACUUUGAGAUCGCCACCUACCGCAGGCUUCUGGAGGGCCAGCAGCAGAGGCUUGGUCUGGGACUUGGGGCAGGGAGCUCAGCUCCAGGCACCGAUGUCACUCGAGGUUCGGGCGUGACCUCAGUUUCUGUACCACCUCGAGCACCAGGAGUCUGUUCCCGUGGCCUGGAUGUGAGCGCCCCCGGCGGUGUUUGCACUCUCUGCAGCUCCGCGGGCUGUGUUGGGGGCUUUGGCUGCCGUGGCUCCCGUGGCUCCCAUGAGUGUUGAACCCUUCCCUCUCCACUCCCCUCCUGAGAAGACUAGGAACUCGUGCUUCUGCCUGAAGACUUGGCCCUCUGGUCUCAGAUUCCCCGCCCACAAAGCAGGCCCUCACAUCAAUGUCUCUUUUGUGCCUCACCUGGAACUAAACGGGAUGCUGGUGUCAUUCUGUACCAACGCCUG